CAGACGCCAUCAUUUCCAAGCCUUAUGUUGGAAAGCCGCAUUUUGGAGUCGAUAUCUUUGCUAUUAACUAACUGUAUAAUGCUUAUCCAUCGAGGUUAUAAUGCAAAAACAUAUUAAGUAACCUGCGACUCCAACGUUAGAUAUUAUACCAGAAAUAUCCAAUGAUCAUUCGAAUGUGAGAAGAUUUCGGCAGCCCGUUAUAUAUUCUCGUGUGUAACUUGUAAGUUCUUUAUAGAUGGCUAAUGGCAGAAGUCUUCGUGUUUCUGCCAUGACUAUUCUAGUGCACUUGAUGGUGAACAUCGCCGUUCUUCUAGUUUGGGUUGAUGACGUAAAUGGAGAAUUAUUUGAAAUAGUUCCUUUUUCCUUUCCUGAAAAUGUGAGAGUUGGUGGAAGCUCUACAAUUUUAUGUACUGUGAGCGAAGGAAAAUCGGGGAUUAAGUUCCAGUGGUUUUAUGGAGAAAAAGAAAUUGGAGCUAAAAUGUAUCAAGUGAAAAUAGUAAAUUCGGAGACAUUUUCAGCGUUGGAAAUAAACCCUGUUGAAAUUGAAAACCAGGGAAAUUAUACUUGUGUUGCUCGUACUGCUAAAAGUGUCAGCAGAUACACGGCAAUCUUAACCUUGAAAGCAUCACCAAAGUGGAAACAUGAACCUGUGGAUGUUAGGAUAAAGCAACUUUCGCAUCUACGUUUAGAGUGUUCGGCCACUGGUUACCCUAUUCCCACUGUUAGAUGGACACGAAAUAUAGAAUCUUCCUUGGACAAUCUUUCUGCGACAAAGUUGUCUGAAGAAAAGUUGAAUGUUUCGUAUGAUGGAAAGGCAGUUCUAGAGGUUAAAAGAACGACAGAAAAAGAUGAAGGAAAUUAUAUAUGCACAGCAGACAACGGUGUUGCUGAACCACUACUCAAAACUGUCAGAGUAACUGUUAUAGAGAUUCCAACUAUCAUGCCAUUCUCCUUUCCGCAAAACAUGACUGUUGGAGGAUAUGCUAAAGUAUUUUGUGCGGUUCAGAUCGAGACAAAACAGUUGAGUUUUAAAUGGAUGAAAAAUGGUGAAGAUUUGACUGAUGCAAGAGAAAGAGUCUACAUUACAAACAACAUUGAUUACUCAGCCUUAGAAUUAAGUAAUGCCCAAAUUGAAGAUAAUGGAAAUUAUACUUGUCAGGUUGAGAGUCCCGGUGGCAUAAGUCAAUUUACUGUCGCUCUGAAUUUGAAAGGUGCUCCAGUAUGGAUAAAAAAAACAACCGACAAAAUUGUAGGAAAAAAUUCUGAUGUUUAUCUAGACUGUUUAACCAGAGGUUCUCCUCAGCCCUCUGUUAAAUGGUUUAUAAAAAGAGGAAAUUCCUUCAUAAAAUUUUCAUCCUCUAUCACAAAUCCGAGGACAAAAUGGAAGAUAUUUGAGAAUGGCACUCUUCGAAUACGGAAUUCCCAGAAGCAGGAUGAAGGAGAAUAUUCUUGUGUUGUAAGCAAUGGCAUUGGAAGGGAUCUUCGACAAACUGCAGUUAUUAGAAUCAGUGUUCCUGCACGAUUUGAAGAAAAAUUUGGUGUGGUGACGGCACAGAAAGGAGAGAGUGCUAGACUUCAGUGUGAUGCCCAGGGUGAUCAACCCUUGUCUGUGACAUGGUCGAAUAGUUCCAAUACUUUAAGUAAAACUAGUGGAUCAGGAUAUGAGAUCUUCGAGACUUUAACCCCGAAAGGAAUUAACUCGGAGUUGAUCAUCAGAGAAACUUUACCUCAAGACGGAGCCAUUUACUCUUGUUUAGCAGAGAAUGAACAUGGCAGAGAUGAGAGAAAAGUUAAACUUUUGAUUCAAGAGGUGCCAUCACCACCACCAGGAGUCAGUGUUCGUGAAGUCUGGACAAGAAGUUCUAGCAUCACCUGGUUGGUUCCUUAUAGUGGAAACAGCCCAAUAAGUAAUUACAUUGUGCAGUAUUGGAGAGAUCACAAAGGAACACGGCGGCUGAACGAAAAAACAGUACCAAGCUCACAGACCUUUGCAAUGAUUAAGAAUCUGCGACCAGGAACUUCCUAUAUAGUUACUAUAACAGCAGAAAAUUCUGUCGGUAAAAGUUUACCUUCUGAUCCUGCUAUGCUUACCACAGGAGAGGAAGAACCAGAUGCUCCACCAAUGGACAUCAGUGUUCAUGCUAAAGGAACGAAUACAAUUACAGUAACGUGGAAGGCACCACCUCGUGAAAAUUGGAAUGGCCAAUUGGAAGGAUACUAUGUUGGCUACAGAGUAAUUGACCUAUCAGAAACCUAUUCUUACGAGACUGAGCAGUUCAGCCCGAGUUUGGAACAUGAUCACUUCCUUACUAAUCUUAUGAAAGGAACAAAGUAUGGAAUAAUAGUUAAGGCCUUUAAUGCUGCAGGAACAGGCCCUCCCACCCAGGAGAUUCUCGUUAGCACUUUAGAUGGAGACCUUCCUGCCUCACCAAAACUGUACGUACAGUCUACUACAAGAUCAACUGUAACUCUAAAGUGGAAUGUCGAUUCUCCUUCUCACGCUUCUGUUACAGGUUACACAGUACAGUAUAGGAGAGAAUCUGGACGUUGGCAUCAGGCCACAGCUGUACCAUCGGAAAAUGAUUACUACACCGUAACAGGACUUCAGGAUGAAACUGCAUACGAAUUUUACGUAACAGCAGCAAAUAAAUAUGGUGCUGGUGAUCCAAGUGAAAUUAUUACUGUGAUAACUGGAGAUAUAGAUAGUGGGUUUGCUUCAUCUUUAAGUGGACAGCGUGGUCACGGUUAUAUGGAUCUUGCCAUCAUAGUUCCUGUGGCAGCAGCUGUGGCCGCUGUCGGAGUUGUUGUGGCCGUGUCUUGUGUCUGGCAGAGGAAAAUUCGCUUGAGGCAUAGAUUGGAAAGGGCGAUGUCUGAAAGAACCUACACGCCUUAUGCAGGCAUUCCUGUGGGACAAGUUACUGUAGGACAACGUUUUCCUGACAUGGAUAAAACUUGGCCACCUGGUCACUCUGACAACAACCCUCCCCUAAGCAACCCGGACCCCUAUUCAGCUGUCCCUCCACGGGUACAGAAUGGAGAUUUGAGAAAAGCCAGUUCUACCCAAGAGAUGAGAACUUAUUUUGCUCAGGACGCUCGAAUUCAGGGGUUGUCAGGAUCCAAACAAGAUGUGCGACAGAUCCGAAACAGUCAGUAUUCUAACAGUCUGAAGUGAAACGGUUUGUUGAAGAAAGAAUUAAACACCCUAACAAUUUGUACUUAGAUAUAUGUAAAUAUGUUGAACAAGUUUAGCAAUCUCGAUACUCAAACAUUUGUGAUUAUGACUGUUCAAAUUCAUUUUGAAAGUUAUUUCUGAUUAAGACAUUACUUAUCAAAUAAAUACGCCUUUUGUUUUUCAAGUACCAGUACUGUAAAGGUGACAUUAGCGUGUCAUUGUACUUAAUCAUGUAUAUCACAUAUUGUUUUACAGUUUUUACUGUAUUUCCUGUUUUUCAAAGUUGCGAUUGUUAAGGAAUGUCCAGUAUUUGUAUAGUACUCAUUCAGAAAUUAUUUACGUAACAUAAUAUUGAACUCUCGUAUUUGUGAUUGAAUGAAAAUUCGCUGCUUCUAUGUAUUGGCUCUUUUAUAGUAUUUACUGUUUCACAUGUAUGAUAUUUGUAUAGUAACAAGUUAAAGAUUUACAUUGUGUCAUGAAUUAUUCUAUUAUUUUAUAUCUGUGAUUUUUACAGAAAGCUGAUUUUUUGCAUGUUUAGUUAUUUUACAACUUUUAUUACAAGUUUAUUAUUCUUCAGGAGCUGCUGUCUGUGUCGAAUGCCUCGUCAGUGUUUAUAAACGAGGGUUUUUCUAAAUAACCGUGUACUCUUGUGGUGUUGUUGUAACUAAAUACUUUACCUUAGGGUUAGCUAAAGAUUACAACAGUAAAACAACUUUGUUUCUGCAUGCGCUGAAUUAAUAAAACUGGUUAGUGUUUAAAUAAAUGUUUUUGUGUAUGA